AUGGGCGGUGCAGCCAGGCUCAUGAACCUCCUAAGGGCCCCCUUUCCGCCUUUCCACCAAUCGCUCUUCCUUUUCCGCUGCCGCCUGUUUGUUCUUUCUUCCUCGCCCGUCAGCAUCUUCACUUUGUCCUCCCUCUCCAAAACGGAAUCCCAUGCUCCUCAAUCAGUCAACUCUUUCCACUCUCAACCCGGUAAUGAUGCAUACUUACUCCACUCUUCCGCCGCUCAGAUUCAACAGCAGCACGACCAUCUGUGGUCCGAAUGGAGACAUUUUCUCCAAAUUUUGUCAAAUGGGCAGGGAUUACAUGUCCCUGCGGACAACCGAAUCCUCCCUGAGGACGCGUUUGUAGUGUAUGAGGAAUUGUUCGAUGAUUUUGUACGCUCUGCCGCCUCAUGCUUAGCAUUCGCUAGGGCCCGGCCGGAUCUUCUAAGAUUGCUUUCAAGGAGGGACAUUGAAGCAGUUGUAUUGAAUGGGACCCCCUUUUUGUUUAAAAGUGCAAUAGAAAUUGCAAGGAGGAUGAAGGCAUUUCUGGGAACUGACGGAGACAAUGUCUCAGAAUUUGAUAAAGCAAAUACUAUCGAUCUUAUGAAAUAUGUACUAAGUUACGCAAGCAAUCCAAUUGUUUCUUCCAAAAGAAAUGGGCUGUACAGUGGGGAACUUGUUAACUCAUCAAUUCGGAAUCUGUUGCAAGAGUUGGGCAUUGUAAGUUGCGGAGAUCCCACAGAUUAUGUGCCUGCCUCAGAUUAUCAGUUGUCAGGUAGACAAAAAGUAAUCCUCAGACCUCUUGGACGAAAUAUUGAAAUGAAGAGAGGCGACUGGAUAUGCCUGAAGUGCAAUUUUAUGAACUUUGCAAGAAACAUGAAAUGCCUCGAAUGUGAUGAACCCAGACCAAAGAAACAGCUAACUGGUGGGGAGUGGGAAUGUCCUCAAUGCAAUUUCUUUAACUACGGAAGGAAUUCGGUUUGCUUAAUAUGUACACCAUUAUUUAAUACCAUUAACUCUAUAUCUGGUUUGGGGAAUGAAGAGAAGGCACAACACUCAUUUAGUAGAAUUUCCCUAGUGAAUAAUGUGAGAGAUACUAAUAAUGCCUCUGCCAUUGAAGGUUUUCUUGAAAUCAUGCCUCGACAGAGAAGAGCUCGAACCUCAGAGAUGGAUGAUGGGAACAAGGUACAAAUAGGACCCCAUGAAACUGCCCCAUCAGGUGUCAGGAAUCAGAACACCACAAGUAGUGAGUCCCAUAGUUUAGGUGAGAAUUUUCAGUUUCUGAGAAAUUCAGCAAGUCAGAUAGAUACCCAGAAAAAAGAAAGAGAGCAAGCUGAAACACCAGAAAGAUGGUUCAAGAGGAUGGUGGAACUGCAUGAUGCCAAAGACCUGCCAACUGCCAUUUCAGACAAGGACUUCGCCCAGAUGAUGCCAAUGCACAAAGAAGAAAACCGUUUUGCAGCUACAAAGAACAAAGAUCAUUCGCGGAUUUUUCCCAAGUGUGUCAGGGUGUUUCACAGCAUGCGGUUGUGCCAACCUCAAAGAAUGUUUGGAGGAGUGGUCUUCUCAAGGAAAAAUGUUUUGAUUAAGAGCAAAAAGCAUCAGCAACUGCAGACUGAGAUGGCAGAGUCUCAGAAGAAAGAUUCUUCUUCUGUCAGUUUGAAGGAGAAAAAUUCCUUGCUAGAUCUGGACAUUGGAAAGGACUUCCUUAGUUCGUGGAAAUCAAUGUCAAUAGCACAAGGGGAUGAAAUGGAUUUUGACCUUACGCCAGUUACCAAGGGCAAUAAAAAAUCAUUUGACUUUGACAAAGCGUAA